AUGGCGGCGCUUGAGCCGGGGCCCUACGCGUGCGCGAGGAGCGACGAGGUCGGCCCCCCGGGCGAGCUAUGGCACGAAAGGCUGAUCUUGGCCUGGGUCUCCGCCAGCCUCUACGUGGUGCUGACGCCGGACUGCGACGUGUUCAUCGAGCAGCUGGACAUCGCGAGCGCGGACCGCAGCGGGAUGCGUUUCGGCCCAGCGGGCGGGGGGCUCCCCGCGGGCCUGGCGGGCGGCCGGGUGCACCGCUUCGCUGUGGCGCCCGCGCUGGCCGAGCUCGCGGCGUUGCUGGCCGAGGGGCUUCGACGGCGAUCGUGGAGCGGCAAGCGCGCGGGCAUCGCCCCUGCCGCAGUGCCGCUGCCGCUGCCCGCGCCCCCGGCGCCGGCCGCCCUCGGCGCGGUGGCCCGCCGCCGCCGCCCCCGCGCCGCGCUGGCGCUGGUGGAGGUGGCGCUGCCAUCCGCGGCGCUCGAUUUCGGCGGCCGCUCCGCGGCGGCCGUCGCGGGCGAGCUCCGCGCGGUGACGCGGCUCGAGGCGAACGCGGACAUCGACGCCUGGGCCCGCGAACGACAGGCCCUCCCCCAGCGAGGCGAGCCGCGGUUGCUGGCCCGGGCGCGCGGCGCGGAGGCCGCGCCCUUUCUGGCCGACGCCAGCCUGCUGGUCCGCGACCCGAGUGGGUUCCCGGCAUCCCACGAGCGCUGGCCCGUCGAGUCGCGCGUGGGCGCGGGGCCCCGAUCGGCGCGCGAGCACGGGGCGAUUUCGAAGGCCCUCGAGCUCGCGGCGUCGACCGACGGCCUCGACCUCGCCAACCUCAUUUCGAUGGGGCACCUGAACCGACGCCGGCAGCUGCUGGAGGAGGCCCACGCGAAGGACCCCGAAAAGGCGGACUUCGAGGGCGCGCGCCACUUCAUGGGGGAGGGCGAGAUGUCGCCGGGCGCGCUGGCGGCCCCGUCGCUGCGGGCACACUCG